GCUAAGAUGGGGUCUUUCAGGUACAGUUUCGCCGAAGCUAAGAGGGAGAGGCUGCUCUCCAUGAAGGGGUAUUCUCAGAUUGGGAUCGAUAUUCUGGGGUCGGACGAAGAAGAAGCUCGUUCAAGGAGGAGGUGUUGUUCUUACCGUGCUUUCUCCGAUGGCAUUAUCGAGGGCUGGAAGGCACUCAAGAGGGUUGCUACUGGGGCAUGGGAGAUGGGUCGGAGUGAUCCCAGGAAAGUCGUAUUCUCUGCGAAAGUGGGAUUUGGGUUGAUGCUGCUUUCCUUGUUGAUUUUCUUGAAAGAGCCCUUCCAUGAUAUGAGUAAAUAUUGUGUCUGGUCUAUAAUGACUGUCGUCGUCGUCUUUGAAUUCAGUAUAGGAGCUACACUUAGCAAAGGGUUCAACAGAGGAUUGGGGACUUUGUCUGCUGCAGGACUAGCUUUGGGAAUGGCAAAGUUAUCAGAGUGGGCUGGAGAUUGGGAAGAAGCUAUUGUUGUUAUUGGUACCUUCAUUGUAGGAUUUUGUAUCACCUAUGCAAAACUCUAUCCCACGAUGAAGGCUUAUGAAUAUGGAUUUCGUGUGUUCUUGAUCACAUACUGCUUAGUUACAAUAUCUGGUUAUCAUACCAGGGAAUUCAUUCAUACAGCUACAAACAGAUUUUUGUUCAUUGCAAUCGGUGCUGCUGUUGCCUUGGCAGUUAAUAUUUGUAUAUAUCCAAUCUGGGCUGGUGAAGAUCUGCACAAUUUGGUAGCCAAAAACUUCAUGGGUGUAGCAAGAUCUUUGGAAGCUUCUGUGAAUAGUUACCUUAACUGUGUUGAAUAUGAGAGGGUGCCUUCAAAAAUUCUUACUUACCAGGCUUCUGCUGAUGACAUAAUUUACAGUGGCUACAGAUCAGCUGUUGAAUCUACAAGCCAAGAGGAAACAUUGAUGGGAUUUGCUGUGUGGGAGCCACCUCAUGGUCGCUACAAAAUGCUUAGAUACCCUUGGAAGAAUUAUGUGAAAGUAAGUGGAGCACUGAGGCAUGUUGCAUUUACGGUCUUGGGUAUGCAUGGGUGCAUACUUUCUGAAAUACAGGCUCCACCUGAGAAGCGACAAGUCUUUAAAAGUGAGAUUCAAAGGGUUGGCUAUGAAGGAGCCAAAUUGCUGCGUGAACUGGGAACCAAAGUUAAGAACAUGGAGAAGCUACGUCAGGAAGACAUUCUGUAUGAAAUACAAGAGGCAGCCGAACAACUCCAACAGAAGAUUGACAAAAAAUCUUACCUUCUUGUGGAUUCAGAGGGCUGGGAAAUAGGGAACCGGCCAAGAGUCACCGGCGAAACACAUGACCUCAUGAACAUGGAUGAACAUGAACCUCCAAAAUUCCUGUACAAGUCUAUGAGUGAAGCUGUUCUGGGCCCCAGGUCUGAUCAAGCUAGGAAGAAUUUGGACAAUAUCAUUUCUGCUGAGUUUGUACCUUCCUCUGUGGCUGCUAAUGACAACCCUCCUGCAAAUAAGCAGACGGCUUGGCCUGCACAUGUUUCUUUUAAAGCAGACGCAGCGAUAAUAGAGGAAGAAUCCAAGACAUAUGAGAGUGCUAGUUCACUGUCUCUUGCUACUUUCACAACUCUUAUGAUUGAGUUUGUGGCAAGGCUCCAGAACCUUGUUGAUGCAUUUGAAGAAUUAAGUGAGGUGGCCAAGUUUAAGGAUCCUCUUGAACAGCUGGUUCCACAGAGUGGGUUUUGGACUAGAUUGUGUGAUUGCAUGGGUUUCAAUCAUUAAGA